GCGCGCGUCGCAAGAUGGCGGCGGCCAUGCCAGGCCCCGGGGCUGUGUGUGCGCAGCGCGCGGCGGCGGCGCGGCCCGGGCAGCAGGCGCGGCGGCGGCUCUAGCGCGGCCCUCGGCCCCUGCUCGCGGUCGCCCUCUCUGCCUCUCCGCGCGCGGCCCGGCAUGGAUCUGCCCGUGGGCCCCGGGGCGGCGGGGCCCAGCAACGUCCCGGCCUUCCUCACCAAGCUGUGGACCCUCGUGAGCGACCCGGACACUGACGCGCUCAUCUGCUGGAGCCCGAGUGGGGCCAGCUUCCACGUGCUUGACCAGGGCCAGUUCGCCAAGGAGGUGCUGCCCAAGUACUUCAAGCACAACAACAUGGCCAGCUUCGUGCGGCAGCUCAACAUGUACGGCUUCCGGAAAGUGGUGCACAUCGAGCAGGGUGGCCUGGUCAAGCCAGAGAAGGAUGACACGGAGUUCCAGCACCCGUGCUUCCUGCGCGGCCAAGAGCAGCUGCUCGAGAACAUCAAGAGGAAAGUGACCAGCGUGUCCACCCUGAGGAGCGAGGAUGUAAGGAUCCGCCAGGACAGCGUCAGCAAGCUGCUGACAGAUGUGCAGCUCAUGAAGGGCAAGCAGGAGAGCAUGGACUCGAAGCUCCUGGCCAUGAAGCACGAGAACGAAGCGCUGUGGAGGGAGGUGGCCAGCCUGCGGCAGAAGCACGCGCAGCAGCAGAAGGUGGUCAACAAGCUCAUCCAGUUCCUGAUCUCCCUGGUGCAGUCAAACCGGAUCCUGGGGGUGAAGAGAAAGAUCCCCCUGAUGUUGAAUGACGGCAGUCCGGCACAUUCCGUGCCCAAGUACAGCCGGCAGUUCUCCCUGGAGCACCUCCACGGUGCAGCCCCGUACUCGGCCCCGUCCCCGGCCUACAGCGGCUCCAGCCUCUACUCGCCGGACGCUGUCACCAGCUCCGGGCCCAUCAUCUCCGAUGUCACCGAGCUGGCCCCAGCCAGCCCCUUGGCCGCCACCGGCAGGCACAGAGAUGAGAGGCCCCUGGUGCGCGUCAAGGAGGAGCCGCCCAGCCCCCCGCGGAGCCCCCGGGUGGAGGCGGUGAGCCCCGGGCAGCCAGCCUCUGUGGAGACCCCCUUGUCCCCAUCCACCCUCAUCGACUCCAUCCUGCGUGAAAGCGAACCUGCCGCUGCAGCCCCGCUGCCCACCCCCGCCGGAGGCCGCGCCCCCACGCCCCCACCCACCGUGGCCCCGGAGAAGUGCCUCAGCGUCGCCUGCCUGGACAAUUUGUCGCGCACUCCGCUGACGUCUGGGGUCGCCCGCCUCUUCCCCUGCCCCUCUUCCUCCUCUCCGCGUGGCCGAGGCCAGCCCGGGAACGAGCUCAGUGACCACUUGGACGCCAUGGACUCCAGCCUGGACAGCCUGCAGAGCCUGCUGAGCAGCCACGGCUUCAGCGUGGACACCAGCGCCCUGCUGGAUCUCUUCAGCCCCUCGGUGGCCGUGCCCGACGUGAGCCUGCCGGACCUCGACAGCAGCCUGGCCAGCAUCCAGGAGCUCCUCUCCCCUCAGGAGCCGCCCAGGCCGCUGGAGGCUGAGAAUUGCGACUCCGACUCAGGGAAGCAGCUGGUGCACUACACAGCCCAGCCCCUGCUGCUGGUGGACCCCGGCCCCGUGGACGCAGCCAGCACCGACCUGCCCGUGCUCUUCGAGCUGGGGGAGGGCUCCUAUUUCUCGGAGGGGGACGACUACACAGAGGACCCCACCAUCUCCCUGCUGACAGGCUCUGAGCCCCCCAAAGCCCAGGACCCCACCGUCUCCUAGAGGCCCCAGGAGCACACUGGGGCCACCCUCCCCCUGCCCACCUCCCUCCUGGUGCGGGGUAGACAUGUGGGGCCCAGGAGGGUGCUGCGUGUCAGCCGCCCGGCCCGGGGGUGAGGAGGGGGCUCCCGGGCCUGCGGCAGGAGUGAUGAGGCCCUGCAGCACGCCUUGCCCCAGCCCCGUGCUCCCCAGGCUAUGGGGGCUCCGCUGGCACACUGUGGACUGGUCCUGCAGGUUGUUAAUAGUCAGAUUUGUAUUUUGGAUUUUUACAUGAGAAGUCCACGUUCCCUUUGUGUAGAGAUACAGACACAUGUACAGGUGGACAGAUGGAUGGACAGGAUGCAGGGAUUUAUAAACAGAUGAGCUCUGCACUUGUGGCCU